ACUUUGUAUUUGUGCUGGUGAAUGGAUAAGAGUGUGAGUUGAGGUAAAAUUUAUAAUUUUAAUGUAAUUUUUAAAUGUAUGAAGUGAAGUUCUUAAAAUGCAUAACUUAUCACCCUCUUCUUUUUUGCAUGUGCUGGUACACUGGGAAAAGACCGAGUUGAGGUAAGUCAAACUUUUCGAACUUUAUUAAAAUGCAUUUAGAACAUCCUGCCAAAGUGUUUAAAUGUACAACAAAGCCUGGCUGACAAGUAUACCUUUUUUCUUUUAUGCAUGGUGGUUCACUGGCUAAAGACCGAGGUGACUGCGGCAGAGAGGCAGCCAGAGAGGCGGCGACUGCGGCAGAGAGGCGGCAGCUAUCGUCAAGAGUCGGCGGCAGAGAGUCGGCGGCAGAGAGUCGGCGGCAGAGAGUCGGCGGCAGAGAGUCGGCGGCAGAGAGUCGGCGGCAGAGAAUCGGCGGCAGAGAGUCGGCGGCAGAGGCAGAUCGGCGGCAGAGAGUCGGCGGCAGAGGCAGAGAGGCGUUUGGCUAUCGUCCAGAGAGUCGGCGGCAGAGAGUCGGCGGCAGAGGCAGAUCGGCGGCAGAGAGUCGGCGGCAGAGGCAGAGAGUCGGCAUGCCGCGACCGAAGAAGAGGGCGACGAUAGCCAAACGUCUUUAUGCUCAGAGAUGUGCAAAUACAGAGGUUACGCUGAAUCCUCUUAAAAAAAAUGAUGCAUUGUUGUCACCAAAAGCUGGCAGCAUUGAAAACCCUUGCAAA